AUGGGGCCCAUUCUGAGUUUAGUGGAGCCAGUGGUUGUCAUCAAUAAAUUGGGGACAUCUUUCUUUGAGAUGGCCCUCACACAGACCGUGUACAACCGUUCGAUGAAGGCAACAGCAGGAGAUAGCAAUCAAGCACAGGCAAUGUCCUCACGCUUUCUUCUAAUUCAGAGCGUGUUGUCCUCUGUGAUGGCAAUGUUGUCCAUCAUUCCACUGAGUCGUAUGGCAGACCAUCAUGGACCUAAAGUCUUCUUGGUGUCAUCUCAAAUGGGUUCUGUUUUGGGCAUGUUUACGCUUGUCAUCUUCAUGUACUGUGAGGUUCCCCUAGAGUUUCUUUACUUGGGAUCUUUGUUGCAUGGAUUGAGCGGAGGUGGGCCAAUGUUCUGGGCCGGGGUGGCUGCUUUGGCAUCUCUGAGCUCAGAGCAGAGAAAACGCACUCUUAAACUCAACAUCGUGGACUUCUGUUUUGGGAUCGCAGGGGUUGUGGGAGGUCUGCUUUCUGGAUAUCUGUACCAAGUAGGACCAUCAGUUCUCCUCCUGACAGCCAUUUUGAUCACCGCUGUUGCACUAUUGUACUCUGUGUUCGCCCUCUCUGAUUCAAGAUUGUCUUUGCCUUAUUCUGAGGGAAUGGUCGGAGCAGAAAAUGUGCUCCAGCUGUUUGUGCUGAAGCCUCCUCUGAGCUGGGACUCAGUGUGGGCAGGAUAUGGCAGGGCCGCCACCAGCGCCAUGUACCUCAGUAGUUUUUUAGCAGUCCUAAGUUUGUUCAAUGUGAUGGGGGACACAGCCCUUACACUUCUUGGCCGAGUCUUUGGGCUGCUCCAGUUGCUUCUGGCUGUGACUGAUCUUUUAUCAAACGUCUGUUUCACUUCCAUUUACCCGCUAACUCUCAGGUGGUUCAGUGGCUUCUGCUUUAUCCUCUCCUGUGCUAUUAGUUAUAUCAGCGCUGUCCCGAUCAUUUAUCUAAGUGGCCGAACCUUGAGAGAUGGAGCCAUCUGA